GCCAGUCUCGGGCGGCGGCGUCCAGCGCGCGGACGGCCUGCUGGGCGGGCUGGGGGCUGAGUGGCGCGCGGGUGAGGCAGAGAGAGACGGGGCCGAGGAGCAACCACGGCGACAGGUGACAGGUCCCGGCUCCGGCUCCCGUCGGCGGUCCCCGACUCGCCCGAGGCCCGGCGCCUGUGACCGCGACCGCCCGGAGCAGGCUGCGGGACCCGCCGAGAGCCGGGCGGCGCGUGAGCAGCAGCUGCCGCGGGCGGGAGAGAAACUUCGCCUUCUGGGGCCCGGGCGGCGGGCGAAGUGAGCCGGGGUGAGCCGUGCGCCGGGACGCCGCGGGCGUGAUGGAGCCGCGCACACCUGGCGGGGCCGGUGGCGGGCGAGGAUAACGGAGUGUCCCACUGCUGCGCUCCUCGCUUUCGGUUUGCGCUCCCCGGGCGGUGGGUGUGGAUGCGUGUUCUCCGCCUUCACCUGCCGCCAUGGGACAAGUGACUGGGAUACAGCAUCCCGGUUCUCGGCCGUUCUUGGAGGGUGCCAGUGCAGCGCCGUUCUAACAGGAAUGAACUGCUGCUUCACACAACAUAAAUGAAUCUCAGAAAUGUUAUUCAGAGCAAGAGAAGCCAGGCACAAAAAAGUUGCAAGACCUAGUACAAGGAACAUCCAGAUUCACCAGUUGUUGGUGUAUGCGCUUGUUCAAACUUACUGAGCUGACUACUUAAGAUCUGGGCAUUUUACGCAGGUUUUCUUACUUAUAAAAGACCAUGACUACUGAUGAAGGUGCCAAGAACAAUGGAGAAAACCCAGCAGCAGCUGUGGCUGAACAUGGAGAGGAUAUCACCUCUAAAAAAGAUAGAGGAGUAUUAAAGAUUGUCAAAAGAGUGGGGAAUAGUGAGGAAACACCAAUGAUUGGAGACAAAGUUUUUGUCCAUUACAAAGGGAAAUUGUCAAAUGGAACGAAGUUUGAUUCCAGUCAUGAUAGAAAUGAACCAUUUGUCUUUAGUCUUGGCAAAGGCCAAGUCAUCAAGGCAUGGGACAUUGGGGUGGCUACCAUGAAGAAAGGAGAGAUCUGCCAUUUACUCUGCAAACCAGAAUAUGCAUAUGGCUCAGCAGGCAGUCUCCCCAAAAUUCCCUCAAAUGCAACUCUCUUUUUUGAAAUUGAGCUCCUUGAUUUCAAAGGAGAGGAUUUAUUUGAAGAUGGAGGCAUUAUCCGAAGAAUCAAACAGAAAGGAGAAGGAUAUUCAAACCCAAACGAAGGAGCAACAGUUGAAAUCCACCUGGAAGGCCGCUAUGAUGGAAGGAUGUUUGAUUGCAGAGAUGUGGUAUUCAUUGUUGGGGAAGGAGAAGACCAUGACAUUCCAAUUGGAAUUGACAAAGCCCUGGAGAAAAUGCAACGGGAAGAACAAUGUAUUUUACAUCUGGGACCACGAUACGGUUUUGGAGAGGCAGGGAAGCCUAAAUUUGGCAUUGAACCUAAUGCUGAGCUUAUAUAUGAAGUGACACUUAAGAGCUUCGAAAAGGCCAAGGAAUCCUGGGAGAUGGACACCAAAGAAAAAUUGGAGCAGGCUGCCAUUGUUAAAGAGAAGGGGACUGUGUACUUCAAGGGAGGCAAGUACAUGCAGGCAGUGAUUCAAUAUGGGAAGAUCGUGUCCUGGUUAGAGAUGGAAUAUGGCUUAUCAGAAAAGGAGUCUAAAGCUUCUGAGUCGUUUUUGCUUGCUGCCUUCCUGAACCUGGCCAUGUGCUACCUGAAGCUUAGAGAAUACACCAAAGCUGUGGAAUGCUGUGAUAAGGCCCUUGGACUAGACAGUGCCAAUGAGAAGGGCUUGUACAGGAGGGGGGAAGCCCAGCUGCUCAUGAACGAGUUUGAGUCAGCCAAGGGCGACUUUGAGAAAGUGCUGGAAGUUAAUCCCCAGAAUAAGGCUGCACGACUACAGAUCUCCAUGUGCCAGAAAAAGGCUAAGGAGCACAACGAGCGGGAUCGCAGGAUAUAUGCCAACAUGUUCAAGAAGUUUGCAGAGCAGGAUGCAAAGGAAGAGGCCAGUAAAGCCAUGGGCAAGAAGACUUCAGAAGGGGUCACCAGUGAAAAAGAAACAGAAGGUCAAGCGAUGGAAGAAAAAGCUGGAGGCUACGUAUGACCCCACACAAAGGAGGGAAGAGCCCUGAUGAACUCGGCCCCUCCUUCACGGGCUUUCACCCAACUCAGGACUAACCAGUGUUUAAUGUCAAGUUUGCUAGAGUCUGUGUGAGUCUGGAAGCAAAUGGCAAAACCAGUUGCUUCCCAGAAAACAGCCACCCUGCUGCUGCCCAGCGCUCUCCUUGAGGGGGUGGCAUGGGACCACUCCAGGUGGGACAAAACAGAAAUGACUGUUGGCGUGGCAACAUUUAGCUGGCCAACAGCUAAAUCCAGCUCAUUUCAGUUUCUGUCAACUUUCAGUAUCUAAUUCAGGGUCCCUUGAGAUAAUCCUGAUAAUUUGGGGCUGUCUGUUAGGUUUUACAUCCGAUUGAACUUGAGUAGUACCGCAGAAACCUAAAAAUAAAUGCUUAAUGACUUUCUCCUUUCCUACAGUUGGGUGGGGGAGAGGAGGAGGAGGUUUUGUGUUUUAAAUGACUGAAGUGCUAGCAUUUUUACCCAACAGAACCAACCCAUGGGGGAGGGGUCUCGAACCCCCUCAGGCCCUCAGCAGCCCAGACGCGAAAGCCAGAACCUCAGAGGUCACUUGCUUGCUGACUUAGCCAAACUGCCCCCUCCCUAAGCCAGCCUGCUUGGGAGAACGGGUCUCUCCUGCACCCAGCCUGGCCCUGGCGGAGGGAGUCCAGAACAUUCUUCAACAAUGAUAACGAGCACAGGGAGUUCCUAGAUUAGCCUUCCCCUGCUUUCGAUGAAGUUCUGAGAUGCUGAAAUGUGAAAAGAGCGAUCAGAAUUGUGCUUUUCCCCCUCCUCUGUCCCUUGUAGGAAGUAAUGUUGAGUACAGUACUGCCUACUAGUAUUCCUUCUGUUCCGUUUCUUAUUUCCAUUCUAACCCUUGCUAUUAAGAAUUUAAGACUGGUUCUUAUAAUAUCUCUGACCUGGAGUAGAUUCAUUUACAUAUCCAUUUAGGAUUCACACAGCGGUGGUUUUUUUUUUUUGGUCUUUUAAAAAUUAAUGGCUCAUAAACAUGUAUACUGGUUUAUGAAACUUUAUUUACACUCCUCUAUCAUGCAAAAAAAAAUUUGACUUUUUACUACUAAGUAGUUUGAUUUUUAAAAACAGUAUCUGUAGAGUUGAAAAAAUAAGGUGUUGUUCUUGUGCAUGAAGGGUUUUCCUCCCAGGUUUGGCACGCAGUAGUUUUCUUCUCCUGCCGAUGGCUUCUUCGUUCUGGUGUGAGUUGUGAAAAAGAAUUGAAAACCGCUUCCUGUGCAGGCGCAUCUCGCCAAAAGCUCCAGUCCCGGGGCACUGAAUCAGGGCAAGUCUUAAAAUACGUACACGUAGUGGAAUCUUGGUCCUUACGGGUAAGUGAGACUGAGCGUGGCUUUCUCUCCCCACGGCGUGAGAAGCACUUGUGGGCAUGUGUUUGCCACCGAAGGAAACAGUAGCUCCAACCUGGAACAUCUCACUUUGUAAAAUCCUAAAGAACACUGGCAAUUACUAGUUUUUUACUUUUACGUUGGUUUUAGCAAAACAUUUUCAUUGUUAGGUUAGGACCCACAUCAAAACCUAAAAAUAAAAUCCUUUCCAUUUAUACCAGUUUUCUUCUCCGUGAAACUAAUGGAACUAACUUGUUUCUCCUUUGACAACUAGAAUCCUUUUAAUUUCUCAUUUUUGUCUUUUUUCAUGAGAUUUCUUUAAAAAGCCCCAAUCUCACCUGGGAAACAUGAAAAGCAGAAGUUGAUUUUGCUUUGUUUGCUUGACUCUUUAAUAUUUGUAGCUCUGUUGACUAGAGCAUGACUCCAAUGAGGCCAAUACUGAGAUUUGAUCCUAAAAAGGCCAGAUAGCUUUUUGCAGGUAACAAAAAAAAAACCCAAUUCCAAAACUUAGAUUAUCCCAGCCAGUUGUCUCCCAGGUGUGUGUUAUGGGUUACCCUUGGGGCGGGGGGAGAGAGCACACAAGAGUGCGUGGAGGGGAGGGCUGGGGUGUGCGGGUGGUUCGGUUCUGAGCAAACCAUGGUGAGGUGCCCAUCACCACUUGAGAAGAAACUUCAUAUAUUCUUGUAUCAAAUUCAGUAAUCUUAAUUGUCUAGCUACAAAUACUAAUACUAGCAGAUGUCUUUGAACUACCUUUCAGACUGCAUUUGGAGUGCUGAGGCAGCAUAUGAUGAAUUAAAAACUUGGUUUAAAAAAAAGAAAAAGUCAUUCAGAUGCACUUUUUUGUGUUCCUUAAAUAAAUUAAACAACCAAACGUGAUUUCCCAUUAUUCUUGGGUUUUGCUUAAAUAGUCCUCAGGAAAAAGUUGUUUUGGUUGAAAAACUAGGGUGGGGGCCAAGCUGAAGAAAUGUGAUCUCAGAAAAUUGGCUGGAGACAGUAUUGUCCUCCUCACUCUGAGGCACAGCUUGAAAUCAGCAUUGGGGUAAAGGAAUGAUGCAUCUUUGUUCAGAUGAACCAAAUCAUCAGAAAAACGAGGAAUUUGUUUUCUCAUCAGCCAGUGGGUAUUCCACCAUUUUCAGUGUAAGGUAGGUUUCAGUUUGGGGAAUGAAGAGAUUUAAUUGUGCCCUCUGGUAAAUAUGUAAGACAUAAGCACGUGGCAGGUGACAUCCUGGGUUCGGCAUGCAUUUCCUCGUUCUUACGUAGCACAUUUCAUCAGAUUCUCAUGGUUACACACCCUGAGGGCCUAAGGACAGGCCACAUAUACUAGAAAAGGUGACACGGAUCGGGGCUGGUGACAAGCCUCUAGUAGGACUUCCUGCUGGCAUGUGCACACAGGCCAGUGCGGGCUCCGGACACUUUGACCUUUUAUUCCCUCUAAAUGUCUUGCUUCAUCUCGAGGUUUGGAUUCUACUCCUAGCCCUUUGCGGCUAAGU